CGGCUCCCAGCGUGACACGCACCGCGCAUGCGCGCUAGAUAACCGGCCCAUGCGAACACAAGAGCAGAAUAAACGCACACUUUUAUUAUUGAUUCAAACUUCAACUCUCUAGCCGCUAGAUUCCCACGCAAGCUUUAGGCUUUGUUUUAGCGACACUUUGCUCAGCUGAUGGUUUUAUCGGCGCAACAAUGCAGAUAAUAAAGUGUUUGAAAAGCACCUGGAAGUUGAUGAAUCGGAGCUGCGAGAGAGCAGGACAACCACUUAAAACAUGUCGUUAUACUUCCAGGAAUUACAGCCAGCUGCCUCCACAAGCCUCAUUUGGUCUCCUCUUCGACAUCGACGGGGUGCUGGUGCGAGGCGGCACGCCGAUCCCUGCGGCCAAGCAAUGUUUCCGGAACCUGGUGGACCGCCGAGGCAAAUACAAAGUUCCCGUGGUGUUCGUCACCAAUGCUGGGAACUGCAUGAGGCAAACCAAAGCAGAGCAUCUUUCACAACUGCUCGACGUGGAGGUGUCGCCGGACCAGGUGAUGUUGUCCCACAGUCCUUUGCGAAUGUUUACACAGUUUCACCAAAAGUGCGUGCUGGUGUCCGGACAAGGUCCUGUCGAAGAGGUGGCUCACAACCUUGGCUUCCAGAAUGUUGUGACCAUAGAUACUCUCAGAGAGGCGUAUCCUCUUCUUGAUGUGGUGGAUCACGACAGGAGACCCAAAGACCGAAUUCCACCCAGCAAAGGCUUACAAAGACCAAUAGAUGCUGUCAUUUUAUUUGGUGAGCCCAUCCGAUGGGAGACCAACCUCCAGCUAUUCGUUGAUGUCCUUCUAACUCACGGAAACCCAGGCAGGAAUUGGAAUUCCGUGCAGUACCCUCACAUCCCGGUGCUGGCCUGUAACAUGGACCUGCUCUGGAUGGCUGAGGCCAAAAAUCCUAGGUUUGGUCAUGGCAUGUUCCUGGUGUGCUUGGAGAGUGUGUACAAGAAAGUCACAGGUCAUGACCUCAAGUAUGAGGCUUUGAUCGGUAAACCCAGCAUGGUGACUUAUAAUUACGCCGAGUUGCUGGUGAGGCAGCAAGCUGAGAGACUUGGGUGGGCCACGCCUGUGAAGAGGCUUUACGCAAUCGGUGAUAACCCUAUGGCCGACAUAUAUGGCGCCAACCUCUACAACCGCUACCUCAAGGCUGCUCAGAAUUUUCAGACGAAAGCUAACGAGAACGGAGUUAGUGCUCAAUCUGUUGACGACGGGCCCGCAAUGACAUCAGCCGAAUUAGGCGGAGCGUCCGGCGUAUUCGCGGCAGGUGUGGAUCUCCCCGAGGCGUGCCGCUCCAUUCUGGUUUGCACGGGAGUGUACAGCAAAGACAAGAAGGAGCUGCCACCAGACACCACGCAAACUGUGACCCAACAGCACAUCUUCCACGGCCAUAGGGACUUCCGCUUUGACCCUAGCCUCACACAGCCUUCCUUUUUGGUGGAGGAUGUCAAAGAUGCUGUUGAGCUGGUGUUCCAGCAGGAGGAAUGGCCACUGAAUUAGUUGACACAUUAAUUACUUUUAAGGGUCUUUCUUUGCUGUACUUUUUUCUCACUAAGCACAUUUUUAUGAAAUUUCAACAGUGCGAUAAAGUUGGUGUUUAUCACUGUUUGUACACUGUCUUCCCUUUCUUUAUAUAUAUAUAUUUCUUUUUGGAAUUGAUAAGACUUGUGAUUCUGAUGCAGAACAUUUUUUGGAGCACCCUAAUCCCCAUGUGAGUACAGGACCACCUGGAUGUGAGCCAACAGUGCAAACUACAUCCAACACAGUGCUGCUCAAGCUGAAAGAUGCUAAUAUUUCAUAGAUUAGGUCACCAAAACUGUCUCAGCAUAACGUGAGAGAAUCCCUCUAAUAAGAAUUAAUUAUUUUGGCCCUUACUUGUUUCUAAAAUGUCUGCCUCAGGAUGGUGAAAGCAAUACCGGACACAUCAAUUAGGUAGGGAAAAAAAUCCAACUGGAAACGUUUUGUUUUUUUCAUACACCACCCACCGUUCCAUAUGUGUUUAAAAUGCAGCUAUAUUCACUUCUGAUGCAACAAAAACACUGAGACUUUAUCAUUCUCACUCGAUUUAGCUGAUUAAAAAAACAUUUUAAUAACUGUCAGAAUCAUUGUGACAUACACUUAAAACCCCAACAGUAAAACAUUUGGAGUACACCACUUUGUGUUCCACAUAUCAGUCAUAUUGGCUAAUAAAUCGUGUUUGGCAUAUUAAA